AUGAGUUUACCUUCACGGGGAAAGGUGCAUUUUGUGUACCUCACGGACCCUGUUAAAGGAAGCGCCAUUUCUUCACACAAGGCAGCAAAGUCACAUGCGGCGCGGCACGGUCAUGCAAGGAUACGAAGGCAGCGAAUGAACGAGCACCAACAUGAGAGGAACAAGCACGAAGGAGGCAGCCAAACACUCCCAAUAGCCGCGACGGACUCCGUUUCGUCGGCUAGCAUUAGCCGCUCUGGAUUGGCGGAAGACUCAAACGCCAGUUCUAGAGGCAAUGGAGGGGGGACUGGAACCAAUCGUGAAAUAAUUCUGCAUUUUCCUCGCGUCUCUCAGCCUUCUAUCUUGGAAACGUCACCAUUUACUUCAGUCUCCAAGAACAUCUACUCCUUGUAUGGAACCAGGGUCAAUUCGACUCAGCAGUUUCUUAUCCAUCACUACGUUAGCGUUGUCAUCCCCUUUGGCAAACGCCACUGCCAGAAAUACACGGACUCUAAGGUGUGGAAACGAUUUAUGUUCACCGAGUUGUUCCCUGUUGCCCUUGCAAAUCCUGGAUUGCUGAGCGCGAUAUUACUUGCCGCCUGCCGGAGCCUUUUCGAACAAGACAAGAACAGCCGUUAUGUACAGCUGGCCACAUAUUACAAGCUCGUUUGCCUUCGAUCUAUGAGUGAACUGCUCGCCAUCCAAAAUCUUCAUGUGGGCGACUCGACAAUAGCCCAGGCAUCUUUGUUAGCAGCAGACGAGCUCAACCUCGGUGACAGAGAAGUCUCAAGACAGCACAUCGAAGCCGCAAACAGGAUGGUCGCUAUGCAAGGAGGUAGUGCGAUGCUUGGAAUGAAUGGGUUCCUCGCGGCCAUUGUAGACACCUUGACGUGUGCUCUGGCUCGUCGAGAUCCAAUGUGUAAGCUUUAG